AUGUGCUACGGAAACUACUUUGGUGGCCUGGGCUACGGUUAUGGUGGCCUGGGCUAUGGCUAUGGUGGCCUGGGCUAUGGCUAUGGUGGCCUGGGCUACGGCUAUGGCGGCCUGGGCUAUGGCUACGGUGGUCUGGGCUACGGCUAUGGUUGUGGCUGUGGCUCUCGAUAUGCAUACAGCACCUACCGCCCAUGCUGCUAUGGAAGACUUUCUGGAUUCUACUAA